GUUGCUGCGUUCAGACCUUUGACUUCCGAGUCCGAGUGUAAACACCCUUUCAGUCACCCACGUGCGGUUGUAGGGAAAGCCUCGACAUCUGCUGCCUUAUUGAGAUGUCAACGAUGAACGAGAAAGCGGAGAUAAACGGAGGAGGGGAGAAAAAGAAGCAGAGAAAGAGGCCGAAGAAGAAGGGUGUCGGUGGAGAGGCAGCCAAAACUGUUCAGCAGCAGUUGCCACAGGAUAAGGCUGAAAGUGUUGCUCCGCAUCACCCUAUCCCAAAAAAACGUUCUGCUGAAAAUGGAGACAACCGUCAACCAAAGAAGACUGUUAAGCAGCAGUUGCCACAGGAUAGGACGGGAAGAGUUGCUCCACCUCAGCCUGGCGAGAAAAAAGGUCCUGCUGAAAACGGAGACAGGCAGGAACCAAAGAGAAGGAGGAGGCCAAAGAAGAAACAGCAUGUAGGAGACAAUACAGAAGUACAGCAAAAGAUGGACAUAAAGAAGAAGGAGACCAACCAAAGCAAUGAAGGUGAAACAAAAAGUAAGGCAGGAGAGGCAAAAACUGCGACUACGGGAGAGCAAAGAGAAUCGUUUACGAAGCGUAAGAGGACAAGGAAGCCUAAAGAAAAUCAAACUACAGCUGAAGAGGUAGAUAACAGUACCUUCGAAUUUGGAAAUUCGGAAAGAUCAUUUAAGAAACUUGAGGGAAGCAUAUCUCCCAAAACACUAAGAGUCCUCCAGCAGUUAGGCUUCAAGGAGAUGACGGAGAUUCAAGCUAAGUCGAUCCCUAAGCUUCUUGAAGGACUAGACCUGCGAGGGACAGCCAAGACCGGAUCUGGAAAGACCUUGGCCUUUGCCAUCCCAGUGGUCGAGUUGAUGAGCAAAUUGAACUUCACGCCCAGUCACGGUACUGGAGUUGUCAUCCUCUCUCCCACCCGCGAGUUGUCUAUUCAGACACGUGAUGUUUUGGCGCCCUUUGUGAAGGCUCACUCACUAACAGUCGAGUUGAUUAUGGGAGGUACCAAUAUGAGAACUGAAGCUGCAAAGUUAAAGCAAGGUGUGAAUAUUAUAGUUGCUACACCAGGAAGGUUCCUAGAUCAUCUCAGAUCGACUAAAGAAUUCGUCUUCAAAAACAUGGCGUGCCUUGUCCUUGAUGAAGCAGAUCGAAUUCUUGAUGUAGGAUUUGAGCACGAUCUCAAGCAAAUCUUACAACAUCUACCAAGAGAACGUCAGACGAUUUUGUUCAGCGCAACAAAAGAUACAAAGACAAAUGCUUUAGCCCCCCUUGCUCUUAAGGCCAAUCCUGUAGAAGUUGAUGUAGACUCUGACAAAAAAGAGGCAACAGUGGAUGGCUUAGAACAGGUUUAUGUGGCGUGUCCUAUUGAGAAGAGGAUUUCCCUUCUCUGUAAACUUAUUAAAGAGAAUCAGGACAAAAAGGUCAUGAUUUUCCUGAACAGCAUCUGGAAUGUCAAGUAUUACCACCAUCUCCUUAACUGCUUGGGAGUUCCUGUUUCACUCCUCCAUGGAAGGAUGUCGCAAAAUAAACGAACAGAAGGAUUCUUCACAUUCAAAAAACAAACAAAAGGUACAUUGCUGUGCACAGACGUAGGUGCCAGAGGCUGGGACAUUCAAGGCAUCGAAUUGAUAAUCCAGUUUGAUCCUCCCUCCGACCCCAUGGAGUACAUUCAUCGGGUUGGAAGAACUGCCAGAGCUGGAGGCAGUGGCAGUGCCAUACUGUUUCUUCAACCACAUGAAAGUAUGUUCAUUGCUUACAUGAAAUCCCGCAAUGUUACCCUUCCUCACAUGGAUAUUUCAUGGGCGGAAGUAGAAGAUCUGAAGAUCGAGGAGUUAAACCAGCAGGAUGAACACCUCCCAGGUAUGGGAAAGAAGGCUUACCGUGCUUUCCUACGAUCCUAUAUGGCUCUUCCUCUGAAGUCUAUCUUUGAUCCGAAUAAACUUGAUACAUUAAGGGUUGCAAAAGCAUAUGGCUUCACUAAAGAACCACUGAAAGUGCGCGGAUUAAGAAAGGAAAAACGUAAAUGAAAGCAGUGAUAUUUUUAGGUUUUGAUGCAUUUGUCAUUUUUUUUCCCUCUAGUUACUUCAAGGUUUUUUCUUCUUUUCUUUUUUUAUUUAUUUUUUUAUUUUUGAUUUUACUCUCCUCUUCCUUUCACUUCUUUUCUUUCUUAU